AAACUCCGACCUGUGGCUUUCGAAUUUCAAUACGUUCCUCACCGCUCGCAAGUGGAAGUGAGAUAACGGUGACGUCGUUUGCAGCGUGGCAAAGUCUCGUGGCAACUUCUUGCCGUACAUUCAUUCAGUUUGAUACUUGGUUUCGAGUUGUUUGGAAUCAUGCUUAGGUUCAUAUCAGGAUUUUGUUUUAUCAGCGCGUUUGCAGCAAUUGCGCGGAGUAAUGCGGACCUUAAAAUUGAAGUGCUCUACAAACCAGAGACGUGUGAAAAUAAAUCGAAAAAUGGAGAUAUGUUGACCAUGCACUAUACCGGUACUUUGACCGAUGGCACCAAAUUUGAUUCUAGUUUGGAUCGAGAGCAACCAUUCUCAUUCCAGUUGGGAGUAGGGCAGGUGAUAAAAGGCUGGGAUCAAGGACUGACUGAUAUGUGUGUAGGCGAAAGAAGAAAACUUACCAUUCCGCCAAAUUUGGGAUACGGAGACGCUGGUGCGGGAAAUGUUAUUCCUGGCAAAGCCACACUGAUAUUCGAAGUUGAACUGAUCAACAUUGGAGAGGCUCAACAGACUACCACGAAUGUGUUCAAGGAAAUCGAUGCGAAUAAAGACAAUCAGCUGAGUCGCGAAGAAGUGAGCGAGUACCUCAAAAAGCAAAUGGUUGAAGCCGAAGGAGGUACCCCAAGCGAGGAAAUCCAAAAAAUGAUUGCCGAACAUGACAAACUCGUAGAAGAAAUAUUUCAACACGAAGACCAAGACAAAAAUGGGUACAUUUCACAUUCCGAAUUUUCUGGUCCCAAACAUGAUGAAUUAUAAAUUGAACAUGAAGUGCUUUAAAAAAUUGUUUUGUAAAAUAUCAGCUCCUAUCGAGGUUCAGCUUUGAUACUUUUAUAAUUGAUUUUUUUAUAUAAUGGAGGUUAGUGUAAAUAUGUUAUAAUUAACAACCAUUUUUGUUAUUUUUGUUUAUGAAAUGGAUGUACUUUGUUAUUUAUGACCUGUGGAUUUAAUAGGUUUCUGGUAGGUUUUUGAAAAACGUAAUAUCAUUCAAAUUCAUAAAUUUCAACGACGGAAGGUUAUGCGAUCUCACUCUUGAAAUGGUGAUCUGAUUUUUGCUGCCCGUCUUACCGUUCUACCGAUUUACCUGAUAUGUCCAUCAUGAUAUGUCAUUUAAGUUAAAUAGCAUGCUACAAGUUGAAGUGAGAUGCAGAAAAUUAAAUUAUACAACUGUGGAUAACUUUAUAAACUGUUUGUAAUAAAAUUUUUGAUCGUCA